ACGUCACACCCGGAAGCGGCGGCGGGUCUGCGGGCUCCUGCUUCAGUCGGUCCGCCUACCUGUCUGGCUGGGCUCGGGCCGGCGGGGGAGCGCAGCUGAGCGGAGCGGGGCCAGAGUCGGAGCGGAGCCAUGAGCGGGGAGCCCGGGGACGAGCUCGUAGUGCCCACUCCCGGGGAGCCCCUGCCGGGCAGCGGGGUCCGCAUCGUGGUGGAGUACUGCAAACCCUGUGGCUUUGAGUCCACCUACCUGGAGCUGGCUAGUGCUGUGAAGGAAGAAUACCCUGGCAUUGAGAUUGAGUCACGCCUUGGGGGCACUGGAGCCUUCGAGAUUGAGAUCAAUGGGCAGUUGGUCUUUUCCAAGCUGGAGAAUGGGGGGUUUCCCUACGAAAAGGAUCUCAUCGAGGCUAUCCGAAGAGCCAGUAGCGGAGAGCCUCUGCAAAAGAUCACCAAUAGCCGCCCCCCCUGUGUCAUCCUGUGAGCCGUCAAGGCCAGGGCUCCUUCCCCACGCCCUCUGUCCUGGGUGCCCCUCGCACAGCGGCAUCCUCUCCAUCUUCACCAAGUCCUCCCUCCGUGGAGGUCAGGACGAGAGCCCAUCUCAUUGACCGAGCCUUGGUCCCCUCCAGCCUUCCUGGUCUUGUUCCCCUCUCCCUGCCCGCCUGUGCUGAGAGAUGCCGGCCAACUUCUUGAUGAAGCCAGGGGCAAGAGCCUUGGAGACUCCAGGUACCAGCCUGGCUGCCUCCCCCAUCCCAGAGGGUUCAGGAGAGGGGAGAGCCCCUCCCUCCCCACCCCCAGUGUUUCAUAGGAACGUCAUACGUACAAAUGCGUGCCCGCACGCACACACACAGUGCCUCAAAGAUGCCUGUACCCUCCCUUGCCUGGCAGUGCCAACGAGGUGCCACCAAACUUCUAAUUUAUUUCCCACACACAACAUCCCCUUACUCUAGGGGAAACACUAAUUGUUGGCAAUAAAGUGACACUGCUACUCUUU